ACGACAUUCUCGCUAUAAACAUCCACCAUCCACGUUCUCCUUUCGGUGGCUCAGAGCCUCCCAAUCCCACCUCAGCAAACAUGAUUCUCACCAUUCAUGUGGACUCAUCCCCUCCGGUCAACUCUGGCGGGGUCUGGAACCGAUAGUGGAGCUGUCAGACAAGCCUAGAGCAGACCAGCGCAUCGCCCUAACUGCUUAGACUGCCAUUGUUAUUGGAGCUGUUUCGAACUCCAUGUUUGCUCGGUCAGCAUCCUAGUCUAUUAGGGCUCCGUUCUAUUUCUCGCCGGCCAUCCGAAUCUCCAUCAAUAGCAUAGGCUCGUGCCCAUAGCGAGAUACGAACAUCUAGGCGAUCUAAACAAGGGAUGAACACAUAAAAAGGGUUGGCUUUCCCCUUUGGGGACCCCUCUUUCUCUGCUCAGGCUGCGUUCCCGUUCUGUCCUGCCUCUGCCUCUCACUGCUCUAAAGCCAACCCAAUGGUUGCUCUCAAGGCCCUCAGUCUGGGCCUGCUUGCUUCGCAGGCCUGGGCUGUGCCCACAGCCUCCCAUACGGCUCUGACCAGCCUAGCUGCAUCCGACGCUGCCGUGGCUGCCGCAGCUGCCAAGCUCGAGCAAUUGUCGAGCUAUGCCCUUGACCAGACUCUGGCCAACCUCCCCAGCAGCUCCGAGGACAAGCAAGCCUGCACGCGAGAAACCCUGCGGAUCCGCCGUGACUGGCGGGCGUUCUCGAAGCCCGAGAAGAAAGACUACAUCAACUCGGUGCUCUGUCUGCAGCAGCUUCCCUCGCGCACCCCGUCGCAUAUAGCCCCAGGUGCUAAGACUCGCUAUGAUGACUUCCUAGCCACGCAUAUCAACCAGACAUUGGAGAUCCACUACACGGGAACCUUCCUCGCAUGGCACCGCUACUUCACCUUUGAAUUCGAGCAAGCCCUCCGUGAUGAAUGCCACUACACAGGCGACUUCCCAUACUGGGACUGGGGCUACGACGCCAUCCACACAAUGGAAGCGUCUGAAGUAUUCGACGGCUCCGAGACCUCCAUGUCCGGCAACGGCUACUACAUCCCCAACCAAGGCAACAUCUCCCUCUACCUCGGCAACUACGCCGCCAUAAUCCUGCCCCCGGGCACCGGCGGUGGCUGCGUUACCAGCGGGCCCUUCAAGAACUACACUGUGAACAUGGGCCCCGCCGCGCUCUCCCUCCCCGGAGGCAGCACCGCCGCUGUCUCCAACCCCCUCAACUACAACCCCCGCUGCCUGAAGCGCAGUCUCACCACCGCCCUUCUGCAAAAGUACAACACCUAUCCCAAGAUCACCUCGCUUAUUCUGAACAACGACGAUGUCUGGGACUUCGAGAUGACCAUGCAGGGUGUGCCUGGCAGUGGGUCGAUUGGUGUCCAUGGUUCCGGACACUAUAGUAUGGGUGGGGACCCAGGACGCGAUGUCUAUGUUAGUCCUGGAGACCCAGCGUUCUGGCAUCAUCAUGGUAUGAUUGAUCGGGUUUGGUGGAUUUGGCAGAAUUUGGAUUUGAAGAGUAGGGAGUAUGCGAUCUCGGGAACGGGAACGUUCUUGAAUGAGCCGGCGAGUAAGAAUACUACCUUGCAGACGGUUGUGGAUUUGGGGUAUGCCAAUGGAGUGCCGAGGAGGAUGAAGGAGUUGAUGAGUACGACGAAGGGGCCGUUUUGUUAUGCUUAUGUCUAGAUUAAGGAGGUGUGGAUGUAUAUAUUGUUAAGGGUGAUGGGUUGUAUAGUUCUAAUGAGAAUGUAUAUAGUAGUAUGUAUGAUGCGAAAAGUGAAUGGCAUGAUCUUGUUAGUACGAGAGAGUCAG